ACCGUUUCUACUGGUUUGCAUAGCACACUGACUUUCAACUGCUGCUGCUGCUGCUGAUCUGCAAUUAGGAAGGGUCCCUUCUGCUUCUCCACAAUAGAAGGCCGAUAAGAUAAAAAGGUUUGAACUCGUCUUUCUUCUUAAAAGUCUUCGGUUAGGUGACUUGUCUAUUUCCUGCCUGGUGCAAAGUCAAAUUAGGUAAUUUUGCAUUAUCAAUUAGCUGGGAUAAUCUACAUGAGACGCGGUUGCUAGUGUGUAGGAAAGAUAGGACUAGGACCGAGACCAACACAUCCUGACCCUGACGAAUUAUUUGACUAAGCAUCAAACACGCCAAUCUCCGGCAAGAUUUCAACUAUAUGUUUUCCAACCUCAAUAUGAACCGUUUUGGAGGAGGGUCCAAAUCAACAUCGACAGGAGCAAACAGUAAAGCGGCCGGUGGGGGAAAGAGGAAAGCUGAAGUUUCGCCACGAAAAAUGGAACCAAUAACCAAGAAACGAUCCGCCCUAGGAGAUUUGACCAACGCCGUCAAGAAGAAGGCUCUUGGGGGUGGAACAAAUAAGGACAAACAUGCAAAAGCAACAUUAGCAGCAGUAGCAGCAGAAAAACCCGUUGUUCGAGUCACUCGCUCCAAGAGUUUAGUUUCCGAAGAACCAAAAGAAACAGCUCAAGUUGUCGCCCCAGCGAAAAAGGGGAAAACCAGCCAAACUGUCGACAAGGAUGUACCCGUGCUCGUCAAAGCCAAAAUCAUUGUCCCAGAGAAAUUGUCUGUCGGUCCUUCCAAAUUGCCAGUCAGACAAACCAGAGCGAGUCGUACUCGGAUUAGUGAGGAAAAAGAAAAUUCAACAACAGUUCAAGCCCGUCGUGUUACCAGAAGUUCUAAUUCUAAACCUACUGUCCAAGACUCAUCCACGUCCGCUGACGAUGAAGAAGAUUCUUCUCUAUAUAAAACUGCUGUCAGUACCCCGGAGUCUGAUUUAAGUCAAAGCGUUGAAGACCAAAAUCGUAAGAAUGAACAGCUUUCACUCCAGAAAAAAUCAAAGUUGCCUCAUGGCGUCGUUGACUUUGAUGCUGAAACGGUCAAGGAUCAGUAUCAAGUUGGGCUGUAUGCUGAAGAAAUAUUUGCGUACUACAAACGACGUGAGAAUAGGUUUCACGUUAAAAAGUAUUUGGAUGAACAGACUGAACUUAAUCGUAACAUGAGGUCAAUUUUGGUGGAUUGGAUGGUCGAAGUUCAGGAAAGCUUUGAGCUCAACCAUGAAACAAUGUAUUUGGGCGUUAAAAUUGUCGACUUGUUUUUAAGCAAGACAAUCGUGAAGAGAGAACAAUUGCAGUUGGUUGGAACUACGGCUUUAUACAUUGCAGCAAAAUAUGACGAACGCUGUCCUCCAGCCAUUGAUGACUUUUGCUACAUUUGCGACGACGCUUAUCCUACGAAAGAAAUCAUCAAGAUGGAGAUGAUAAUUUUGCGAUCUCUCAACUACGAUAUUGGCUUUCCAUUGUCAUACCGCUUUGUUCGUCGUUAUUCCAGAUGUGCCAAGUUGGACAUGGACACUCUCACUCUUGCUCGUUACAUUUUGGAAAUGUCGCUCAUGGAGUAUGACUUUAUUGACGUCAAGGAUUCCAUGCUUGCCGCAAGUGCUCUGCUUCUUGCUCUGGUAAUGAAGAAAGUGAAAGCGCCAUGGAGUAAGACGUUGGAGUACUAUAGUGGCUACAAUAAGGAAGAUCUCUUCGACUUGACUCACCGCUUGCAUGAGUAUCUCACAAACGUUCCAAGUCAUCUGAAGACUAUACGAUCUAAAUAUUCCCACAAAGUGUUUUAUGAAGCUGCCAAGGUUCCACUUCCGGAUGAAUUGAAAUUAUAAAAGUAUACAUAUGUCCUGCAUGAAAAUGUUAACUACUGCCUCCCUAUUAAAUUCACAAGUGUCGUCGUCCCGAAUAAUUGAACUUCUUUUCUAAUUUAAAAUAGACAAAUAUUCUGUGUCGCCAACAUAUAAGAAAUCGUGUCUCGUAAUGCAAUUAUUUAUCUGUUAUGAUACAAAUACGUUGACGAUAAACAUAUUUAUGUACACGCAUAUUCCUCAGGAUUUUAUCCCAUAGUUGGUUUCUGAGCAUUUCCGACUAUUGUCUUAUUCACUGUACUCCAAGAAAUGGUAAAUAAUGCAAUAAUUUUAUGAGAAGAUGAAGAUGAGUUAUUAGGAGUUGCCACUCAUGGAUUGUAAUAAUUUGGCAUAACUCCUUAUUUUUAAAGUUCGAACGGCAUAUACAAAUCUAGAAAUGUCAUGCAUUUAAAAAUAAUUAUGUAAAUUCAGAGUUGGAGAUUGCUGUCUUGUAGCUAAAAUGAUGUAUCGUGAUGUCUGGUUUUUGAAUAAUAGAAUAAUAACCUGUCUCCUACAUAUUUUUAUAAUUGAUUUAAACCCUCUAAAUUCCCUUUUACCAAUUAAUUGAAUUUUUUUUUCGAUAAGUUGUGCUCUCUUAACCGUACAAAUUCCUGGUGAUCUUUGACACAGGAAGAUAUAAUUCUAAUACAUUUCAGCACUAUUUAUUCAGAUUCAGACAAGUUUGUUAUUAUUUUUGUUUUUACGUAUACCAUUGAUUGGUUUUGUGUUAUGCAGGAGUUGUUCCUGUUCUCACGUGAAUAUUCUUUAUUUCCAGUAAAAUAAAGUUGUAUGGUUUUGUAACAAAUGACCAAUUUCAUGAA